AUGGCCAUGCGUGCUGGCCAGCCCGAGCCAUCGGAGGAGAAGGCUUUUUUGCUCGACAUGUUCUCCCUCUCUCCCGGGGAUGCGGCUUUGGCGGCUGAUGGGCUUUUGGGAGGCAAAGCGCGGGGGCCUGGGACAGGCCGUAUGGCCUUGGCGUCAGCGGGAGCGGCGGCGAGAGGGGGGAAGGACGCGGUAGACACCCUGGAAGACAAUUGGGACGACCACGAGGGGUACUACAAGACACUGGUGGGCGAGGUGAUCGGAGAUCGGUACCUGGUGCUGGGGUCCAUCGGACGGGGCGUCUUCAGCACCGUGCUGCGCUGCCAGGACCAGCGCGCAUUGCAGGAGGGAGGGGAGGCUGGGGAUAAGGCGCCAUCCGUGGUGGCCGUGAAGGUGAUCAGGAACAACGACGUUAUGCGCAAGGCCGCGCAGAGAGAACUCGAGCUACUGCGGGUGAUCGCGGCGGCCGACCCGGAGAACAAGAAGCACUGUGUCCGUCUCCUGGCUCACCUGGAGCACCGACAACACGUUGUCAUGGUGUUCGAGUCCUUGGAGAUGAACCUGCGGGAGACUCUACGCAAAUUUGGCAAGCAUGUGGGCUUGAAUAUUUCUGCGGUCAGGACAUACGCAAAGCAACUGCUCUUCGCGCUCCGACACAUCGAGAAGCUUGGGAUCGUCCACGCGGACAUCAAGCCCGACAACAUUCUUGUCUCGGAGGGCUUUGGCCAGUUGAAGCUCUGUGACUUUGGCUCGGCCUUUCGAGAGGAUGCCCCCGACAAUGCACCAACGCCGUACCUUGUCAGCCGCUUUUAUCGCGCACCCGAGGUAAUCCUGGGGUUUGAAUACGGAAGGGGAGUGGAUCUGUGGUCGGUGGGCUGUUGCCUGUAUGAACUUUUCACGGGGCGUGUGACUCUUCCUGGGUCAAGUAACAACGAAAUGCUGCGGCUAAUCAUGGAGCUGAAAGGCGCCUUGCCGCAAAAACUCGUCCGCAGGCAUCGGUUGGCAUACGAGCAACUGAAACUUGAGCCCAUGUUUGAAUCAGACGGCCGCUUUCGUCAGAUUGAGCAGGAUCCGGUUUCGAAAAAAGUGCUUCUGCGUCUGGUGCACGUUCCCUUGCAGCCCACGCGGGAUCUGACCGGCCUUCUCCUGAAGGCCAAGGCAGCCUCGGACGACAAGGCGCUUGUCCUUCGCUUGGCUGACUUGCUGGAAAAGAUCUUCAGCGUCGAUGCCACCAAGCGCAUUUCCGUCCGUGACGCGCUCCACCAUCCUUUCUUUUCAUCUGUGGAGCCUCGAAUAGCCAAUAAGAAGUAA